CCACUGUGUCAUUUUAAUCCUACUUUGAUUGACGUUUUUGCUAACUCCUCCCCUCCUGGUCCUCCCUGCUCCUGCUGUCUCCUCUGCCACUCUCCGAAGGUCUCUCAUCCCGGCUGCUUAAGCGUUUUAGCGUAGCUGUUGUGAGACGCUGCAACCAUGGCUGCUACUGGAUCUUUCCGUAUGGUGUCGGAGGAGGAGCAGGCCAUGAGGUCAAAGCUGGAGCAUUUGACGGUGAAGGAUCAUGGGCCGGUGUUCGGGGUGUGCCACAAACUGCCCGGUCACACCAUGCAAAAGGCGAAGGAUGAGCUGAGUGAGACGGAUGAGAGACGGGCGUCGUCCCUGAAAGACCUCCGGGCCACGAUGAAGGAGAGGGCGGCGGAGGGAGACGACCUGGCCAAACUGGUGCUGGAGCGCUUCGGGGACAAGCCGGACUCUCUGCUGCUACGUUUCCUCAGAGCCCGCAAGUUUGAUGUUGUCAGAGCCCAUGAGCUCAUGAAAGGCUACGUUCGCUUCAGGAAGGACUAUCCUGAGCUGUUUGAGAACCUGACCCCCGAGGCGGUCCGCAGCACCAUCGAGGCCGGCUACCCCGUGGUCCUACCCAGCAGAGACAAAUAUGGCCGCGUGGUCCUGCUCUUCAACAUCGACAACUGGGACCUGGAGGAGAUCACUUUCGAUGAGAUCUUGAGAGCCUACUGCGUGAUCCUGGAGAAGCUGCUUGAGAACGAAGAGACCCAGAUCAACGGCUUUGUCCUGAUUGAGAACUUCAGAGGCUUCACCAUGCAGCACGCCUCAGGAAUAAAGCCGGCGGAGCUCAAGAAGAUGGUGGACAUGCUGCAGGACUCGUUCCCUGCCCGUUUCAAGGCCGUCCACGUUACCCACCAGCCCUGGUACUUCACCACUACGUACAACGUGGUUAAACCCUUCAUGAAGAGCAAGCUGCUGGAGAGGGUCUUCGUUCACGGCGACGAGCUGGACAACUACCUCAAAGAAUUCGAUGCCGACAUCCUGCCAGUAGAUUUUGAUGGAAAAGCCUCUGUGACUGACUGUCAGGCCAUCGCUGCCAAGCUUUUUGGCUCCGAAGACACUGCUCUCUAAAGGAGCGACGCUCUGCUUUCAAACCCAAGAGUAGAGCCCUUCACCUCAAACGCUUCUUUUGUCAUCACAUCAGACAUGUGGUAUAUUUUAAGAUAGAUUUUUUUAUUAUUAUUAUUUAGUUUCUAAGAGCAGAAAUAAGUAUCUAGAGUUAGAAGCAAGGGGUGGUUCAUUAAUGAGCCAUAUGAGAUACAAAUGGGAAAGAAAAAGGAUGUUUAGAUAUCGUGGAGAGAAUAAUCCAUAGUAGCCAGAACUGGCUUUUCUUGUCAUUGUAUGAGCGGAGGAGGAACGGGAAAGUUGGUAAAGUGAUGAUGUAGAUCACAGCCAGAAGAACAGUCAUGUGCCUACAACACUGUCAGAUGAAUGAGUUCAGAAGAUGCUGUGGUACAGUUUCUGUCUCAAGGGUGGAUUUUAGAGCUGUGUGCAGAGGGAAAACCAAUAAGGGAAAAGGCCGCAUUAGAUUAGUGUUUCAGGAGCAGAGGCCUCCCGAUGCAGUGCCUUUGGAGACGUUUCAUUACGAGCCUUGUUUCAAGAUCUGCAAGUGUCAUGUGGGUCGUGAUACUCAAGAUGCCUGAAGUACCAUAAAGACCUAUUCAGAAAUGUGCAUUGGAUUGAGAAAUGUUCAUUAAAAUAGAUUUCUUUUGUCA